GCCUGCAGUAUUUGUCUACUUAAGGCAGCACCAUCUCCUAUCUCACCCGUAGCCUACUUCAGACUUGAAAACUCAGCUGGGCGACUCAGUUGAGCACUUCUCAUCUUAUAAGCUAUGGCCAACAAUUCUCUACUGUUUUUAAUUCUUGCCUCUUUAUUAUUAUCUGGGUUCUUUACCAAGACAAGCAGUGCCUUCUCAAUUGAAGAAGCAACUAUAGAUGAUCUUCAACUAGCUUUUAAGCAAAACCAACUAACCUCUAGACAACUCGUUGGGUUCUACCUCAAACGGAUCCGCAGACUCAAUCCGCUUCUUAGAGGGGUCAUAGAGGUGAACCCUGAUGCACUCUUUCUAGCCGAUAAGGCUGACCGAGAGCGCAGGGUCAACGCCACGGGGUCAACUGGUGGUUUGCACGGGAUUCCUAUCCUGCUCAAGGACAAUAUUGCAACCAAAGACAAACUGAACACUACAGCUGGUUCUUAUGCACUCCUUGGAUCAGUUGUGCCUCGGGAUGCAGGUGUGGUAAUGAAGUUGAGGAAAGCUGGAGCUAUCAUAUUAGGGAAGUCUAGCUUGAGUGAGUGGGCUAAUUUCAGGACAAAUGGCGCACCCUCAGGUUUUUGUGGGAGAAGCGGCCAAGGAAAGAAUCCAUAUGUUUUGUCCGUGACUCCUUGUGGGUCAAGCAGCGGGUCAGGAAUAUCAGUGGCAGCGAACUUGGCAGCCGUGUCACUUGGGACCGAGACUGAUGGCUCCAUCCUAUGUCCAUCGAGUUACAACUCAAUUGUGGGCAUCAAACCCACUGUUGGUCUCACUAGUAGAGCUGGGGUUAUCCCCAUCACCCCUAGACAGGACACUGUGGGAAUGGUCGGUAAGAUUUAUGCUGGUUUCUGGUUGUUACAUGUUGGAUGGAGCAGGCCAAUGUGCAGGACAGUAUCGGACGCUGUAUAUGUUCUUGAUGCCAUUGUAGGCUUUGAUUCAAAUGAUGCUGCAACCAGAGAAGCAGCAAAAUAUAUUCCAAACGGUGGCUACAGACAAUUUCUUAACCCUCUUGGGCUUAAAGGGAAGAGAUUGGGGAUAUUGAGGACUCUAUUUUACAAUUCGGGCAACGAUAAAGGAUCCCGUCGGCAUCAAACUUUUGAGCACCAUUUUCAAACACUAAGACGACAAGGUGCAGUUCUCGUAGACAAUUUGCAAAUAAGCGACGAUGACACGAUCACAGCCGGGCAGAAUGGAGAAUUACUUGCAAUGCUGCUCGAAUUCAAGCCAGCCUUGAAUGAGUAUCUAGAACAGCUGGUGGCGUCUCCAGUCCGAUCCUUAGCAGCUGUGAUAGCCUUCAACAAAAAGUUCUCCAGAUUGGAAAAGACCAAGGAAUACGGUCAAGAGCUCUUCGAGAAAGCCGAGUUCUUGAGUCGAAACAUAACAAACAUUGAUGCUACAUUGAAGAAACUGGUGUCAACAUUCAGCAAAAUCUCGAAGAAUAGCCUCGAGAAAUUAAUCAAGAAGAACAAACUAGAUGCGUUGGUGGCACCUGAUUUUAGUUAUGUAUUAUCAUUUGUUCUUGCAAUUGGACAAUCCCCUGGAAUCAGUGUCCCUGCUGGGUAUGACAGUGACGGUGUGCCUUUUGGCAUUUGCUUCGGUGGACCAAAGGGUUCGGAGCCAAAACUAAUUGAGAUUGCUUAUGGCUUUGAGACAGCUACCAAGGUUAGGAGGCCCCCUGCAUUCAAGCCUUGACAGCCUAGCGAAAUCCCAUCGAGACUUGUUUUGAUGCUAAUCAAGUACCUAACAGUUCAAUAAUAAAACUCUUAUUCUGGGCAAACACCUUAAUUUUCAAGCUUUAAACGCUUUCAAGUUAACGUGCU